GAGAGCUAGGGUUUAUGAGAAGAUCGAAGGUGAACCUCUUCGAUCGGAGGACGAUCAUGGAUUCGGCCACCUCGACCUCCGAUUCCGACUUCUUCUUUGCCUUUAACGACAGCAAUUUCUCCGAUCGCAUUCUCAGGAUCGAGAUCAUUCCCGAUUUGCCGGAGACCAAAUCGGACGGCGAGGGCUGCACCAGCCUCGCCGACUGGACCGGCAGACGGAAGAGACGACGGGAGGAGAUUAAGAGAGAGAACGUUGUUGAUUCUCUCGUACAUCGUGAGGAGCAGAUAUUAAGUUGUCAAUACCGGGCACGGAAGGAGCUGCGG